CGACGUCCGGGAGUGGUCAAAAUAUCCGCAUUUGCGGCUGGUAAGUGGAACUUGCCCUCUACUUUAGCUUUCCCAUGGUGUAUACCGGAUAACAGCAAAGAAAGACACCAAACACAUUACGAGGAAGUUCUGGUGUUGGUUUCCAUUAGUGUAGUAGCAGUGGACAGUGUCCAAAUCCAAAGAUGGCUACUGGAAAGAGUAAGAACCAGAGCUCUCUGGUGCUGCACAAGGUGAUCAUGGUGGGAAGUGGAGGUGUUGGGAAGUCAGCCCUUACUCUGCAGUUCAUGUAUGACGAGUUUGUGGAGGAUUACGAGCCCACCAAGGCAGACAGCUACAGGAAGAAGGUGGUGCUGGAUGGAGAGGAGGUCCAGAUCGACAUCCUGGACACAGCUGGACAGGAGGACUAUGCUGCCAUCAGAGACAACUACUUCAGGAGCGGAGAGGGCUUCCUGCUAGUCUUCUCCAUCACCGAACACGAGUCGUUCACUGCCACCUCAGAGUUCAGGGAGCAGAUUAUGCGGGUGAAAGCAGAGAACGAUACCAUCCCUCUGUUGGUGGUGGGGAACAAGUCGGAUCUGGAGGACCGCAGGCAGGUGUCGUUGGACGAGGUCCGGGCCAAGGCAGAGGAGUGGGGGGUGCAGUACGUGGAGACCUCAGCCAAGACGCGAGCCAACGUCGACAAAGUGUUCUUUGAUCUUAUGAGGGAGGUGCGAAAAAAGAAAAUGUCAGAGAGCAAGGAUAAGGGUGGAAAAGAAGGCAAGAUCAAGAAGGCUUUCAAAUGUUGUCUGCUUUGAUCUAGACCCGACCUUUCAGUCAGACACACAGAGCCAAACCAGACUAGAGCCUCCGCGGCACAGUGGCAUUAGACAGGGACAUGUUCAUUAGGACAUACUGUAGCAAAAUGUUUCAAAACCUUUCUUAUUGGACAAUAUAUUACGUCUCCCUUUGGAACAUUUUCUUCAGUUUCUUGCCUACUGAACACAAACCAGAUCUACAGAUCCUUCCCACUGAACUGAGCCUUCUGCCAUUUUAACACACAUCAAAUCCAUACACAGUACCUCUCACAUUGUGGCAGUCAGAGGGGUGGCCUAACCUAUGUUAGUUAUGCAAACCAUCCUUUGUGCCACUGUUGGGGACCGGUCCAGAGGGGACUGUUUAGAUGAAGUGCCUCAACAUUGAUCGUGAAUAUAUAGGUUAUGAUCACAGACAAUCACUCACUCGCACACUACUUAAAUAUGGCCUUGGUUUGAUGCUCACUUGUAGGAGUAGGUAGCCUCAUCACCAAGAGAAAUUGGCUAUGCUGUUUGAUGUCUUACUGUUUGCACUGCAAUCAAUUUUAUAUUCCUACUUCCACUUUUUAAAAUGUAUUUAUGGUCCACCGCAUGAAAAUCAGUCAGAUAAUUAAGUCACCUUAUUCAUAAUCCAACAUAUUGUCCACAUGUACAAUCCAACAUGUACUAUAUCCACAUCGUGUAUAUAAUACCAGUCAAAAGUUUGGACACACUUACUCAUUCAAGGUUUUUAUUUUAUUUUACUAUUUUCUACAUUGCAGAAUAAUAGUGAAGACAUCAAAACUAUGAAAUGACACACGUGGAAUCAUCAAGUGCUGAGAACUUGUUGGCUGCUUUUCCUUCAUUCUGCGGUCCAACUUUUCCCAAACCAUCUCAACUGGGUUGAGGUCGGGGGAUUGUGGAGGCCAGGUCAUCUGAUGCAGCACUCCCAUCACGCUCCUUCUUGGUCAAAUAUCACUUACACAGCCUGGAGGUGUGUUUUGGGUCAUUGUCCCGUUGAAAAACAAAUGAUAGUCCCACUAAGCGGAAACCAGAUGGGAUGGCGUAUCGCUGCAGAAUGCUGUAGUAGCCAUGCUGGUUAAGUGUGUCUUGAAUUCUAAAUAAAUCACAGUGUCACCAUCACACCACCUCCUCCAUGCUUCACAGUGGGAACCACAUAUGUGGAGAUCAUCCGUUCACCUAAUCUGCAUCUCACAAAGACACGGCGGUUGGAACCAAACAUCUCAAAUUUGGACUCAUCAGACCAAAGGACUAAUGUCCAUUGCUCAUGUUUCUUGGCCUAAGCAGGUCGCUUAUUAUUAUUGGUGUCCUUUAGUAGUGGUUUCUUUGCAGCAAUUCGACUAUGAAGGCCUGAUUCAUGCAGUCUCCCUGAACAGUUGAUGUUGAGAUGUGUCUGUUACUUGAACUCUGAAGCAUUUAUUUGGGCUGCAAUCUGAGUCUGGUAACUCUAAUGAACUUAUCCUCUGCAGCAGAGGUAACUGCUUCCUUUCCUGUGGCGGUCCACAUGAGAGCCAGUUUCAUCAUAGCGCUUGGUCUUUUCAACUGCUCUUGAAUACAUUUUCCGUAUUGACUGACCUUCAUGUCUUAAAGUAAUGAUGGACUGUUGUUUCUCUUUCCUUAUUUGAGCUGUUCUUGCCAUAAGGUCUUUUAGCCCUAGUUGGUAUAUUCUGCACAUCACCCCUACCUUGUCACAACACAUCUGAUUGGCUCCAAAAAAUUGAGGAAAGAAAUUCCACAAAUUAACUUUUAACAAGGCACACCUGUUAAUUGAAAUGCAUUCCAGGUGAUUACCUCAUGCAGCUGGUUGAGAGAAUGCAGAGUGUGCAAAUCUGUCAUCAAGGCAUGGGGUGGCCACUUUGAAGAAUCUCAUGAAAUAUUUUUGAUUUAAAAAAAAAACUUUUGGUUACUACAUGAUUCCAUAUAUGUUAUUUCAUAGUUUGUCUUCACUAUUAUUCUACAAUGUAGUAAAAAUAAAGAAAAGCCAUAAAAUGAGUAGGUGUGUCCAAACUUUUGACUUUUGUCGACUGCACUUUUUCUCCACAAAAAUGUCAAUGUUUCGGUGUUGCCUUUCUAAUUCUACACUUGAAACUGAAGCAUUAAACUAAAUUACUGUUUGUGUGCACACUUAUUAUGGGUUAUAUACAAACAGUUUUUGUGUUACCAAAUAAAGUUCUCUUUUGUAAUGAA